AAAAUAUAAGGAACAAUUGUGCUGCUCAUCUCAUAUAUUUUCUGGACUUUAAUCUUCGAUUGAUAUUAAGUUUAAGAUCACUAAUUUGCAUAUUGAUAUCCCAAAGACAAUAAAAUCAUGCACAACAUUUAUUUUUCAAAGUGCAUCAGUCUUCAUACUGCUCUUUUUCAAGUUAACGCAUAGAGCCGCGUGAAUCCGAGAUGACCGUAUAACAGUGUUGCAUAUGAAAAAGGUUGAUUGACAUGCGAUCCUCGCGUACAUCUGCUGAAUACUGCUGAAAUCGUUCAUUUAAAUCCAAGGGUAUUAUCUUCAUAACGAAACAUCCGCGUGAGGUGCUAUUUCAAAUCAAAGUUCCAAUCCUGAGAUGUCUUUUUUGUACUAAACGUAUUGUGUUCUGAAUUUUGAUUAGCAUUAUUCUUAUUAUUGUUAGAAGUAUUGUCACCAUUGACACUAAAUUCAUAUUGGUAUUGUUGUUAUUAUUUAUAUGAUACAUUUUUUCCACUUUGGUUAGGUUGAGCGACAAAUGACACGCAGAUAAUCCACGUGAAGCACUUGUUUUGGGUUUCUGACAGUGUCAUUCUUUAAAUGAUCUGGUUAACUGAACUGAUUAAAAUGUUAAUAGGAAGCCAAAAAAAAAAGAAAAGAAAAAAGGCAUCAGGUCGCAUCUCAAGAGGUGACGUUCACGGCGGGGUUGGUCCUCACCUAUAAAACAAGAGGCGCGCCUGAGCGCAGCUUGCGCAUCGAAACGAUGCUGCCCUCCAACACCACGGAGUCUGCGGUGGGAGGCGGGAUCCCCCUCUCGGUGGCUUUCGACGGUCCCGCCGAUUACUUCAUUUUCAUUUUCCAGAUCCUGUUCGCUACCACCACCGUGCUGGUGGCCGGGCCCGUGGUUGUCACCAUCUUGGCCACCAGAGCCCUCCGCCUCCAGAACCGGUUCCUGUUCAUGCUGAGCACCAGCAUCUGCGACACCCUGGUGGGCUUCUCGGUGUAUUAUCUCGGUCUGUUCGACGUUCACGAGGAACACCCGUCCAGGAAUGGAACGUAUAACAUCCUACCCUCGCUUCUGGGGAUCAACAUACUGACGUUUAUGUUCGCGCAGUUCGACCGGUACUUCGCCGUGUGCCACCCGUACGCGUACAGCCGCUUCAUCAGCAGGAGGCUCGUGGUCGGCGUCAACGUGUGCUGCUGGCUCUACAACUUCGCCCACCUGGCCGUCAGGAACCUGCUGCCGCCCUCCAAAGCGUUCCAGCUGUACGUCUCCAGUAUUAUAUUCCUACAGAUCAUCGUGGUCACCAAAGUGGUCAUGACCGUGAAACUGUACGUGGUGGCCCGGGUCCAGGUGGAGAGGGAGCCCCCCGGCGCGGAGAAAGAGAGCAAGAAGGAGUCCUUGAAGAUCCUGAUCUUCGUGGUCGUCAGCUUCUUGGCGCUGUGGGGCCCGUCGUUUGUGAACAUCAUUGUCAGGUUUGGAUCAGGAGGAGGGCUGAGGUUUAGGAACGACGCCACCAACGUGUUCGCCAUCAUGGCCCGCUUCAACGCGGUGUGCACGCCGUCCGUGUACAUCUGGGGGAGUCCGGCGCUGAGGGAGGGCCUGGUCCGGACCGUGUGGGGCAGAGUGUGUCCGAGGUGCCACAAGAGAGUCGGGGGGGACCCGACGGCCCGGACGUGACGAGAACAACGAGGAACACAUCGGCCGGCUGAAGCGUUUGGAUUGAAAUGUAUAUGCAGGUUUUUGACCAAACACUUCUUACUGCACCCGGCUAUAUCAGAAAAGUUAAAGAAAUCUUUUAGACAGUGUAAUUCAUUGUAGAUAUGUGUUUUAUAUUUAUCACGUUUAUAUUGUAAUGCGAGGGUGGGAAGUAUCUUUCUCUAAAAUAUCUGUCCAGGUGAUCAUGACCAGGGAAGAGCCCGUCUGUACAUAAACUGAAAGAAUAUAUAAUUAUAUCUAUUGAAAUCAUUUGUUUUCCUAACUGCUUCGUUCGCUGGGUGGUGAAUCGCGAGGCUCAUUUUAAAACAACAUGAGUUAACACAUAUUUAGCUUUUGUGGUGUUUUAAUAUUUAGUACAUGAAGUGUAUUCUGUUGUGGUUUGAGGUUGACAGCUGCUUUUAUACAUCCAUAUUCAGGGAAUCAAAGGAGAAAAAAAACUUCUAUUGUUGAGCUGUCUCUAACUCUUUAUAGAACAUUAAGUAGAAGGAAUGAGGAAUAAUAAAGCUGCACCUACAUCUCUAAUUGUUGUUAAAUUAUUAAAAAAAAUAUAUAAAAUCAACAGACAGCACCUUUCCUCAGGGAGGAUGAGUAUUGGCAUUAGUUAAAUAUUAACCCCACCGAGUCCACAAACCAUUAUCCAAAUGGAAAAACACCAAAACACUUACUAACACAAAUGUCAUUUAUUUUCAUUCAAUAUCUUUAAUUUAAUAAUCAGUAUGUCAAUUUCUUCUAAGGGACAAUGCAAAUGUACAGGCUCUAUAAUGACUUUCACAUAGUAAGGCAAUAGAAUGUGGAAUUAUAAACUAUGCUACAUUACCCAUAUGUGGUAGACCUUAUAAAGUCUGCUUUUCUUCUUUAAAUCCACAUGAAUAAACAACUGAAUACAGCACUAUAUGUGUAACCUCUGCUUUCAUACCAAAUGUGCCUUAAAGUAAAUUGGUGCAUCAGUGCAUCAUCAGCUAGAUCAAAUGAAGACAAAGAAAAAAUCCUGUGAAAAUUGCAGAAGGCUCAUUGUGGACACCAGCCGCUCCCUAUAUGGAGACAGGACAGCAGGGAAAAUUACAGAUGUUAAAGAACACUGUUCAAGCAGCAGACAGUCCAAUAAAAUGCAUUCAAGUCCAGUAAGUCUAUUGCAUCAUUAUAACGUCUCUAUGUUCUACCUUAAAUAACUGGAAGGGUAACUGGAAACUUGCAAAGACGACGCGCCUUGCUGCAGAAGCCAUAUAGGAUCUUCAAAGCAAAACUUGAAACUAGCUGGUCAGCAGGUUGACAUUUUGCUAAAGAUCGUACAUGA